ACGUAGUUUUUUUUUUCAUAAAAGUGGAAAGAAUAAUCAAAUUUAGGGCGGUAAAAAUCAAAACUGAGAAAAAAGGAAAUUUAAAGUAACAUGACUCAGUAGAAAAGGAACCUGAAAAUUUUUUUUUUUUCAAUUAGAAAAAAAUAGUGACGAAACGAUAAUGAAUAUUGCUGCUUUUCCUCAAGAAAAUAUGGCAAAAAUGACAAGUCCGAUACCAAGAAUGCGUUUGAAUACUCCAAGUUUUCCAGGACAAGAUUUAGUAAACAAGUUUAUUGCUGCAACUCCUAGCUACAUGUACUCACCGAUUGCUGGUCAACAUACGUUCUAUUUUAGUGAGUUGUUGCGAUCGUUGAGUCAGGCAAAAAAAGCAGAGUUGAUGAAUGUGAGUCGCGAAUCUACAGCUCAUCAGCAACAGUCGCAAAUAUUACAAGCAAAUCGCAAAAUAGGUCGCAAACGUGGUUGGAAUCAAUUAAGAAAUGAGGAUGUUGAUUAUAUUUCUGCUAUUUCAAAUGAUACUGAAAGGCCGUUAGAAUUAACAAGCAAACAUCCAACAGUCUUACAGCGUUGCUCUAGCCCAGACAAAAAGUCAGGCAAUUCUAAUGUUGGAAUUCAGGUCAAAACUUCCCGUGUAGAUGAAAGAAAACGAGAUUUGAAGUCAGCAUCACCAGAAGUAGAAGUAUCAGACACACCACCAGCACCAGCGUCGGUGCCGAGUGUUUCAGGAGACGUAUUGCCUCAAGUAACACCUGCAUGGUACCCUUCUCUUUAUCCACAUUAUGGUUUAGAUCCUGCAAACUUUUUCGUUGAUUUACGAGUCUCUGGUCAUAUAUUCGAACGUAAACGUGAACUAGCAGCACAAGCGUUAAAAACAGUUGCUAACAUAAAUAAUAAUAAUAACGGGAUAACAUCAUAUUUUGACAAUGAUUUUCCAAAGAGGUCUGGCUCUGCUUUUUCUAUCCCAAAGCCAAGAGAAAUGGAAAAAAACUUUGAGAACGUUAUUAAUUUAUCAGCUAAUGACAAUCGUUGUAGUCCAAGCCAAGAUACUGUUGACGAAAAAGACGUCAAAGGCUCUAGUUAUGUAAUGCACGUAGAUUUCGAAGGGAAAUCAAAGAAAGUUUUUGAUAAUGGUAUUACUGUAUACAAUGUAGAUGAUAGUGAUGAUAAUACAAGCAUUUGCAAAAAACAAGAAGAAAGUAACAGUGAGUCGGAUGAAGAUGAAAAUAUUCGGGUUGAUAUUAAUUAAAACUGAAUA